AUGUGGAGCCGUAUCCGUGGCUGGGGCGGCGCGGCUAGGGGUUCGCGGCGCCUUGCCGCACAGCUCCUCGUAGGACCGGCGAGCGGCUGGGAGGCGGCGGGGACAUUGCAGCUGAAGGGGAGGAUUCACAGCAAAAUACUGAAACUCUUCAGCACAAGCAGUGUGCUUUCUGCUGAGAAGAAUGAGUCUACUGCUUCCAAAACCAGCAAAAAUGAAGUGGCAUCAGAGAGUAAGGAAGGUAAAGUAGAAACACCAAAGCAGAAGUUGUUAGACCUUAUUGGUGGUAUGAAAGUAGAAAUGAGCUACAGCAAGAAACUUCAACAGUUAAAAACACAUGACAUCAAAGAGCAAGCCACAGACAACCUGAAAGGCCUGGACAGUGAAGGGGCUGUGCCUCAGAGAUCUACAGAAGGCAUCCAGCGAGGCAAGCCUUUAAAUCCAGAAUUGGUGGAGGCUGCUUCUGCAGUUGCAUCUUCCCUACCACUCAACAAGAAACAAACAGAAUCAGAAUUACUUGCACAAUUAAGACGACAUGAAGAAAUCACAGAUAAACAGAAAAAGGGGACAACUAUUGACUUACGCAACGUUCUUUCUGAAAUGGCAAUUAAAAGGCAGUCCCCAGCUCAGAGAGGUGUGAGGAUAUCAAAUCGCAUUUCCUUGGAUUUGGAUGAGGAUAUUCAAAACAAGUCUGGAAUACCAUCUUUUAUCUCUAAAAGAAGUCUCAAAGUAGGAAGGAGGCUUAAUAUAUUCACUAAGGCUUCUACAGAAAAAGCACUGGAAACAGUAUCUCCACCAACAAUUUGGGAUCUGGAAUUUGCAAAGGAGAUUGCAGCAGUAACGGCGCAGCCUCCCCGAAACGGUUUUGAGGAGAUGAUACAGUGGACAAAAGAAGGAAUACUGUGGGAGUUCCCAAUUGACAAUGAAGCUGGGAUGGAGGAGGAUGCUGAAUUUCAUGAACAUAUCUUUCUGGACAAACACCUUAAAAACUUCCCCAAGCAAGGACCUAUUCGCCACUUCAUGGAACUAGUAAUCUGUGGGCUUUCAAAAAACCCAUACCUGAGUGUUAAACAGAAGAUUGAACAUAUUGAGUGGUUUCGGAAUUAUUUUGAGGAAAAGAAGGAAUUUCUUCAAGAGAUUUGAGACUUGGGAAAGCGCUUAACCUUGAAAUGAAACAUUAUUGUGUCAAAAUUGAUGGUUUGUUCUAAUGGAGAUACUAUCAGUGUAUCAUGUGACCUGGAAGUUGUUUUUUAAAGAGUAAACUGAAAGGUCAUAAUUCCAUCUGUGUGUAUCUAUGUAUAUGUAGAUGUUUUAUGACAACAAAAGAAGAAAGUGACAAGUCAUGCUUGGAGUGUGCAUUUAAAACUUAGCUUAUCAGAAUUGUUGUCUUAAUUUGACACUGACCUACAAAAUGCUAGCUCUAAUUCCACUUCCUACACUCUUCACACCUGGUGUGUGUCUUGCCAGGUUUGAUCAUCUUUCCCCUUCUGGAAAAGUUACAGUGCUUUAUUUUUUUCAAAAUCUCCUGAUACAGCUCUAAUACUGAAAAACUGCUAGUAAAAUAACUUUUUGCUAAUUCACUAAAUCUACUCCUGUUUGGAUGGUAUUAAUCCUUCCUGUCCUUCUUUCAUUGAUUAUCUUUUAUUAGUUCAUUAAAAAAAAUUUAGUAAUGACCAA